AUGUUGACCUUUCCACAAGAGACCAACACAGCUCACGUGAGACUAAUGACCUCUCGAGAGAAGUUCACUGCCAUCACCGUUUGUCUCCGGUAAACACUGCCAUCUCACACACUUAAACUGAAUAUUUUUUUUAUUGACUGUUUAACUUAUUAAAACAAAUGGAUGGUAUGUGAACUUUUUGCUAACUGUAUGAUAUCCAUGAACCUUAACAGUUUCUUCCUGUCUCUCCAGGUUCUUCACGGACCUUAGAAGGAACCACAUCCUGUUCUCUCUUGCCACACCUACUAAAGAUGACGCUUUUGUCAUCUUCAAGAGGACUGCGGCAGGCGAACUCGAACAACGUUCCAAGAACGGCGUAGCAAUCUUUGAUGGCCAGGACUACACCCUCAACAGCUGGCACUCUAUCUGUGCCACCUGGGCCUCUGAGACAGGCCUUGGACAGCUGUGGCUGGAUGGCAAACCCAGCACCAGGAAAUUCCUCCAAUCUGAAGCCAUCAAAGGAAAAACCAUCGUCCUUGGACAGGUAGGAUUAGUACAAAACCAUGGCUGUUUUAAAACGAAACCCUAUUCCCCAUACAGUGUUACUUUUCGCCACAUACAGUAGUGCUCUAGUGAAAUAAAGCAUUUAACACUGAACUGAACAAGCAAGUAUUCUAUUACUGAACAAAUGUUUCCUGUUUCAGGAGCAGGUUAAGUUUGGCAGGUUUUUUGCCCGGCAGCAGUCGUUCGUUGGCAUGCUGACUGAUGUCCACAUGUGGGACAACAUGCUGUCUCCCUGUGAGAUCCAGAGGUAUACUAACCAGACAAAUUUCACCCCUGGAAACGUUCUCAGCUGGGGGGCCCUGGACUUCCAGAUUUCAGAUCGAGUACUGCUGGAGAACAAGCAGUCUGACUGUAACCAUUCAAACUUUUAA